UUCACGUGAGAGGAACAGGAUGGGCCAAAACAAUAAAUGCGAGUGACCCAACCCCUUCCUCCAACCUGACUGCAACGGACUCCUUUCACUGUCCUUUCCUCAUCAAACGCGCUCCAAACACAAGGCAACAAUGUCUGAAGGAAAAAACCUAAAAUCAACGCGUCUCGCAGGCUGCUGUUGAAGACCCUCAUGCUGGCGAAAGCAGCCGUCAUGCUGGAGAAUGAGAUGAAAGAGAAGAGAGAGGAGAAGGUGAAGAUCAUGGCAGAGCGGGUCCCUCCUCUGGACUGUGGGAGGAUGUCUCUACAGGAACUGCAGGAGCUGUGCAAACAGAUGCACCAUAAAAUCGAUGUGAUUGAUGAGGAGCGCUACGACUUUGAGGUUAAAGUCGUCAAAAACAACAAGGAGAUCGAGGGUUUGGCUCAGAAGAUCUUUGACCUGAAGGGGAAGUUCAAGAGGCCCAACCUGAAGCGAGUGCGCAUCUCAGCCGAUGCCAUGCUGGGGGCCCUCCUGGGGUCCACACACAAGGCCUCUCUCGAUCUCAGGGCUAACCUCAAGUCUGUGAAGAAGGAAGAAGAAAAGGAGAAGGAGGUGACUGACUGGCGUAAGAAUGUGGAGGCCAUGUCCGGGAUGGAGGGCAGGAAGAAGAAGUUUGAUGCUGGAGCGCCGGCACAGUAAGAGGUGUGGCCGUUGAGUUUGAGGAUUCUGAGAUUCAUUUCCUACAAAGAGAACCUUCUCUACUGUCCUCCUCAGGGUCAGCAGAUUGAAUAGCUGACAGUAUGUAAAGAGAUGGGCAGCACUUCACAAUGACUUUUUUAUAUACUAUUUACAUGAACAGAGUCAUAACUUACCCUUCUUCGUUUGAUUUUCAACAACCAUAUUGUUUCUUGUUUUUGAAUUUAUUUCCCCUCUUAAGCAUUUGGGGUCUUUAUGUGGGCUGUGAAUGCCAGCAGAUUGCAGUGGCAGUGUUUCCUAUCUGAUACAAUGACAACUGACAUGCUCAAUGUUGAUAUUAUACAGCGCUGAUAUACUAUCACAAUCCAGCAUGGAAAUACAAUUCUUACUGCAUAGCAGUUUCACCCAUUCCAGGUUUUAAAAUGAGCCUUAUUAACCCUGGUGUUUAGGUAACAAGCUCAGGUGUAUCUUAUUAAACUCCUACUAAAACCAGGAACGGAUCAAACUGCUAUGCAACGGGAGUCUUAUUUCCAUCCCUGCAGUGUGGCACCAUUCUUUUCACGAGGAUGCUUUCUCAGUUAGAACAAUUUAAUUACAUCAAUGAAUUUACAUUUAAAAAAUCUAACAUGAAAUACUGUAUUACUGUGCUGGCUUUUGCGAUAUCAUUUUGUAAUUUCUUUGCAUAAUGUUAAAUAAAAGAUCUAAAUUGUG